GAUGGAGGCGCACACACCGGAGUCCCUCAUGCUUGAUGUGAAAUGAAGAGAUUUGCCAAUAUCUAAAUCAUUUCGGAGGAUUUGACAAGGACAAUGUUGAAAUUCGUCGUGCAUGUUUGGAUUUUAUGGUGGCUUUCUGAAGGGGUUUUCUCGGACAUUUGUGGACAGAAGCCAUGCCAAAAUGGCGGCGUAUGCGAGAGUCAUGUCGGAGGUUUCAGGUGCCUUUGCUCCCAGCGAAGCGUCAAUGGAAGUCUGUACGGUGGGGACACCUGCAAUGUUGCACUUCGGGGCUGUGAUGACAACCAGUGUCAAAGUGGUGGACUGUGCUCCCCGGCACUUGUCAAUGGAGAACACACUUACACAUGCAUAUGCUUUUCUGGCUUUGUGGGGUCCAAAUGCCAGACCUCCACUGUGUUUUCCUUUGAGAGCCAAGGUUACAUGUAUAUAGAGACUCAAUUUGUAGACCCGGUAUCCCCUCUAAAUGUCACACUCAGCUUUCGGACGGAAAGACCUGUCGGUACCCUUCUGCAGCGCAGAGUGGCCGACCUGCUCUUGAGCGUUGAGCUACUGGAUGGACAUCUUAGCCUCCGCAGCCUCAGAGAUCAAGGAUCCAGCACCCUGGUUCAGGAGUUGCCGGCGUAUAUUUCCAACAACGAAUGGCACACGGUGGAGGCGUCACUUGGCGGCGUGGUCAGCUUUAUCAGGCUCCUCUGUACUGAGGGAAACUGCACCGGGGACACCAGCACUGAGGUCCAAGUUCUGGAGCCUGCAUCUUCUCUCCCCCAGCCCGGGACGGUCCGUCAAAGCCUCUUCAUCGGAGCACACAGAGCCGAGCCCUCACACGCUUUUGUGGGCUGCUUCAGAGAUGUGUUUGUGGAGUCCCACCUGGCGGUGCCGGUUGCGUCGCUGACAGAUUCUGAGAGCCAGGUGAACGUCACCGCGGGAUGCAAUGAUCGGGACAAAUGCGACGACAGCCCCUGCCAGAACCGGGGGCGCUGUGUGAGCCAGGGAUGGAGGAGUUACGAGUGCGAGUGCCAUAGACCUUAUGAGGGCUACAACUGUGCGGAGGAAUAUGUGACCGCCAGGUUCGGGAGCAAAGACCUGGACAGCUACGCCAUCUUUUCCUUAGAAGACCAUCCAGGUGCCACUUUGACUGUAUCCAUGUUUAUUCGGACCAGGCAAGCCGGUGGUCUACUCCUGGUCUUGGCCAACAGCACCAGUCAGUACCUCCGCCUGUGGCUGGAGCAGGGCAGGGUCAAAGUUCAAGUCAACAACUUUGAGACCCUGGUCGGCCAAAGCCUGGUCAGCGACGCCCAUUUUCAUCUGGUGACCGUCAAGCUGGAUGGACUCCAGGCAACGUUGAUCCAGUCUGCCCAAAGCCAAGGGACCGUACCCAUAAGGCCCAUUUGGUCCAGUCACGGGGAUCAGGUCUUCGUGGGUGGACUAGCAGACUCCAGGGCCUCUGCGACUUUUGGAGGAUAUUUCAAGGGCUGCGUUCAAGAUCUUAGGAUUAACAAUAGACGCUUGCAGUUUUAUUCCAUAAAGACAACAGUGGAAUCUCACAAAUUGGAGCAGCUGACUAGUGUUGCACGAGGAUGCAGCACCGACAACACCUGUGCAGUGAAGCCCUGUCUCAAUGGAGGCGUGUGCUACGCCAUGUGGGAUGACUUCAUCUGUAACUGCCCCCCCAACACUGAGGGGCAGCGCUGCGAGGCGGUGAAAUGGUGCGAGCUGUCUCCUUGCCCGGACACGGCUGUGUGCCAGCAGCGCUCGCAGGGCUUUGAGUGUUUGUCCAAUGUAACAAUCCGGGCAGGAAGUGGAAUAUUGCACUACCAGGGCAGUGGGAGGGACAACCGCACCAUCAGCCUCGCCAGCGUCUCCCUCGGCUUCCGCACGAGACGGUCCAGUGGCACCAUACUGCACGCACAAAGAGGCCCCGCCUUCCUCACGCUCUCUCUGCACGAGUCGCGCGUGCUCGUGGAGCACCAGGACCAAGGUGCCCCUAAGUUGACAGUCCGGGGCACGGGUGUGGUCAGUGAUGGAGAGUGGCACUCUGUCAAGCUUAGCAAGGACCAUCAAAGCUCCAAGUGGUUCAUGGCUGUGGAUGGAAGUCGGGAGGAAAUAUUAAGUGCUGGGGACUUGAGUUUUCUCCGGGAGGGGGCGGACAUCUUCCUGGGGGCGCACGGCCUGGACUCCCCGGUGAGUUUCUCCGGGUGUUUAGGCCCCGUCGAAAUCGGAGGCCUUCUUCUUCCUUUCCACUCGGACACAGAGUUGAAGCUGCAGAGGCCUCAGGAGGAACAGUUUGCACAGUUGAACGUCGACGCCGCCCCGCGUUACGGCUGCUGGGGGGCCGGCGUGUGCGCGCCCAACCCGUGUGACCACCAGGGGGCGUGUGAGGACCUGUUCGACCUGCAUCGCUGCGACUGUCCUUCCGCCUGGACCGGGCCACUGUGUCAGGAACCCAGCGACACCUGCGUCUCCAACCCCUGUGUUUUUGGAAAGUGCAGCAACAUCCCCGGAGGCUACAAGUGCGUGUGCGAGCAUGGGUACGCGGGGGAGACGUGUGAAGUGGAAGUGGAUUUAUGCCAGAACAGCAAUUGUAGCGACGGUGCUACGUGUCUUAAAGGCUUCCAGGACUACUCGUGCCUCUGCCCCCAGAACCUGACCGGCCAAUAUUGCAAUGUGAAACUUCCAGAGAUGCCGUGGUACAUCCAAAUGAACCCUCUUCCUCUGCUGCCCGUAUCAAAAUGUGUCGGCACAAGAUGGAACUUCAGCUGCUUCAAUGGAGGGAACUGUUCGGAACCGGACAAUAAAUGCCUCUGCUUGCCUGGUUUCACAGGACAAUGGUGUGAGAAGGACGUGGACGAAUGUGCCUCUGACCCAUGCAUGAACGGAGGCUUCUGCAUUAACUACGUCAACCACUUUGAGUGCGUGUGUGACAUGAAUUACUCGGGUAUACAAUGCCAAAUAGACGUCAGUGACUUCUACCUGUACGUCUUUUUGGGCCUGUGGCAGAACCUGUUCCAACUGGUGUCCUACUUCGUCAUACGCCUCGAUGACGAGCCCGAAAUCGAGUGGGUGUUCCACGUUAAUGAGUAGCUCCCGGAGCUUGUUUGUGCACCGUCACAAAGACUGCAAACACACUGCUAUUCAUGAGAUUGUUUCAUUUUCUUCAAUAUAAACAAGUUGAAAAACGUAUUCGGGUGUUCAGGGGUGGGUAGAGUAGCCAGAAAUUGUACUCAAGUAAGAGUACUGUUACUUUAGAGAUUUAUUACUCAAGUAAAAGUGAGGAGUAGUCACCCAAAUAUUUACUUGAGUAAAAGUAAAAAGUAUGUUGUGGAAAAACUACUCAAGUACUGAGUAACUGAUGAGUAACCUGUUCGUUUAAUAAUGACGGCAACAAAUAAUGCCCAAAAACAUAAAAAUAGCAAUGAGCAAAUUCAGAGUGAGGAAUAUCUCUUAAGCAACUAAAACAAUAAUAUAUAUUAAAUAAUAAUACAUUAACAUAAAAAAAAUUAAGGCAAAUUGAGCCACGAUAACUUAACAGCACCAUAGGCUCAGUAGGCAGAGAUUACAAAGGAAAAUAACAAGUUAGCCUUUACGCCAGGGGUGUCCAAAGUGCGGCCCGGGGGCCAUUUGCGGCCAACAGGUCACUUUUUAACGGCCCCACGGCACAUUCUAAAAAUACGAUUAAAAAAAUCUAAACAUAAAAAGUGGUAUAAAAGAGCAAACAGGUGAAAUGUAACAAGAAAAUGUUACAAUGUUUACUCUAAUGACACAAAGCUGCCAUGCAGGCUGUUUCUUUCUUUAAAAAAUAAUAAUGAAUCAAAAUCAAUGUUAUUAUGAAUUAUUUACUUAUUCAAGGCUCUAUUUACAUCACAUUGAAUAUUCCACUUUGAGAUAUUUUUUUGGGAAAAUGUUGCAUAUUUUGUGUUUACCAUUUAAAAAAGGGCCUACAACAAACAAACAAAAAACAUAAACAACAAUAAAACUUAUAAUUGACGGAUGGAUCUGAAGUUGAUCUUGAGACAAUUGUGUUAAAAGUUUAAAAAAAAAUGUACGAUUAAUUUUUUUUUAAACUUUACUGAGCAGGAUCUUUUUGGAUCCCCAAUCAUUUUAGUGGGACUUUUUUUUUGUGUCCAUCCAUCCAUUUUUUGAGUGUCCCAUCUAUCCAUCCAUGCUGGGAUGCUGGAGCCUAUCUCAGCUGCAUUCAGGCGGAAGGCGGGGUACAUGUCAUUGCUCAAAAUUUUUUUUAAAUUAAAAUCAAUGUUGUUAUGAGUUAUAUACCGUUUUAAGGCUCCAAUUAUUAUAUAAUCUAAACAAUUCUACUUAAAAUUUUUAUAUUUUGUGUUUUUUCCAGAAGAAAACAGGAUUUUCUUUGACAAAAAGGGCAUAUAACUUAAAUCUUUAACAACUUUAAAUUGCAGACAGAUAGACCUAAUGUUGAUCUAGAGAUUUAAACCUUGAAUAAUAAUACAAAUAAUAAUACUGUAUAAUGACACAUUUUUUAUAUUUUUUUCACCAAAACCCUUUGAUCAAGCCUGAUUGAAAAAAUAUACAUUGAGACUUCCAAACAUAUAUUGUAUUGGUUUUUAAAAUAAAAAAUAUCAAAAUGGCCCCGCUUGCUUUGAUUUAAAGUAAAUCAAGUAUGCUUGGUAGAAAAUGCUCCAACGUAAAGCAAGGCUCCACUCUUUCAAAAUGCGCUAGCUUGAUCCUAAUUUACAUUGGCUGGUUCAUGGACAUGCAACCGAUUAGCAUUAGCCAUUUUACAUGGCGAUUUCAACACCGCAAACAACCUUACAAUCAAGCAGCCGGUGUGUAAUAGGUACCAUACUUACAGUUCGGGGUGUAACGGUACACAAAAAUUUCGGUUCAGUACGUACCUCGGUUUAGAGGUCCCGGUUCGGUUAAUUUUCGGUACAGUAAGAAAACAACAAAAUAUACAUUUUUUUGUUAUUUAUUUACCAAAUUUGUAAACAAUGGCUUUAUCCUUUUAACAUUGGGAACACUAUAAUAAUUCUGCCCAAGUUAAUCAACGUUAAACUGCCUCAAGUUGUUGCUCAGAUUAAAUAAAAUGACAAAACUUUUCUUCUACAUAUAAAAAGUGCAACAUUAAACAGUUUCAAGUCAACUCAUCAUGCUUAAUUUAUGACAGCAUUUGGGAAGCCUGUAGUUGAUUUUUAUUAUGUAAAUGUUAUAUUUUUUAUCAACAUGUGAUAGCAGGCACCCUGCCAUUCAAAACUAGGCUGCUCCAUUACUAAUGAUUAAUGUAACAAUAGCUGAAAAAAAUAGUACAAUAGCAAUAGGAGACACUAUUCAUCCCUGAACACCAUGGAGUUCAUGUAGGCUUAAUGAUGCAGUUACAUUAUUAUAUCAACUAUCAGAGACAGAAACUCUUCAUUUAACAUAAUGUCCUUUUUUGCUGCUUCAACACAGCUCAAUCAACACAGAAAAAGGUAAAGUGAAAUAACAGACAGACAGGGCUUUGCUGUCCGUAACACACACACACCGCAAAAUGAGCUAACGUUACGCUAAAAGCGAAUUAGCCUUCACCUCAAGCCAGGACUGCGAGCAAGCUGAGCUGUAGUUUAUAUUUCUAGAAGGUCAACGGGCUCAUAGUAAUGUUACUAGUAGUUGACUGGGAGGUGUUUAUUAUAAUUUGGGGAGAGUCCGCUGCCUGAUGCUUACCUGCUAAACGCUAAGCACUGACUACAUGCGCUCUGAAUACGCACUGCUGAUUGGUUGUUACCGCUCUGUGUGUAACCAAUCAGAUGGUUAUGGGGGUGGGACAAUGCUGCGUGCUGUGUAGAGUUCUGACAAGACAGGCAGAAGGAAGCGGAGCAGCUUGUUAAGACUUUAGCUUAGGCGGCUACUUAAUAUGUUCGUGUGGAAACUCGUUCGGUACACCUCCGAACCGAACCGGAACCCCCCGUACCGAAAAGGUUCAAUACAAAUACACGUACCGUUACACCCCUACUUACAGUAUAAACACAGUAGGGCACAACAUAAGACGUUCAAAUUCAACACAAAGCUACUUUCUAGUUAAACAUACUAUUGAUAGCAUAUACAGUACUGCCAUCUAAUGUCUUGGAAGUGCAAUUGCAUUGCAAAUCAGACACAAAUGGCAGGAUAAAAUAAGAUAAAAAAAACAACAAUCAUUAUUAGCUCAUUUUUAAAUGUUACAUAAAAAAUACAAUUGUAUUAUCAAACAAUAUUUAUUAACACACACAAAAGUAUCGAAAAUUGGUUAAGUACCGGUAUCGUUUCCCAGGUAGCGGGUAUUGUUACCAUAUUGGUUUGAAUGUGAAUGGUACGCAUCCCUACAUGUGAUUGGUAUGCAAAUGAGGUCAGUUCAAUAGAAAUGUGUCAAAUUUUUGAACAGAUAUGUAUUUGUGUGCAAUUCAAUGUUUCCACUUAAGUAUAGAUAAUUCAUUCUGAUUAUGAUACGGAAAACUUAAAGGCCUACUGAAAUGAAUUUUUUUUAUUUAAACGGGGAUAGCAGAUCCAUUCUAUGUGUCAUACUUGAUCAUUUUGCGAUAUUGCCAUAUUUUUGCUGAAAGGAUUUAGUAGAGAACAUCAACGAUAAAGGUCGCAACUUUUGGUCGCUGAUUAAAUAAAGCCUUGCCUGUACCGGAAGUAGCGUGACGUCACAGGUUGAAAGGCUCCUCACAUUUCCCCAUUGUUUACACCAGCAGCGAGAGCGAUUCGGACCGAGAAAGCAACGAUUACCCCAUUAAUUUGAGCCAGGAUGAAAGAUUUGUGGAUGAGGUACGUGAGAGUGAAGGACUAGAGUGCAGUGCAGGACGUAUCUUUUUUCGCUCUGACCGUAAUUUAGGUACAAGCUGGCUCAUUGGAUUUCACACUUUCUCCUUUUUCUAUUGUGGAUCACGGAUUUGUAUUUCAAACCACCUCGGAUACUAUAUCCUCUUGAAAAUGAGAGUCGAGAACGCGAAAUGGACAUUCACAGUGACUUUUAUCUCCACGACAAUACAUCGGCGAAGCUCUUUAGCUACUGAGCUAACGUGAUAGCAUUGGGCUCAAAUGCAGAUAGAAACAAAAGAAAUAAACCCCUGACUGGAAGGAUAGACAGAAGAUCAACAAUACUAUUAAACCAUGGACAUGUAAAUACACGGUUAAUAAUUCCCAGCUUGGCGAAGCUUAACAAUGCUGUUGCUAACGACGCCAUUGAAGCUAACUUAGCAACGGGACCUCAGAGCUAUGAUAAAAACAUUAGCGCUCCACCUACGCCAGCCCUCAUCUGCUCAUCAGCACCCGUGCUCACCUGCCUUCCAGCGAUCGACGGAAGGACGAAGGACUUCACCCGAUCAUCCGUGCGGUCGGCGGCUAGCGUCGGCUAGCGCGUCUGCUAUCCAAGUCAAAGUCCUCCUGGUUGUGUUGCUACAGCCAGCCGCUAAUACACCGAUCCCACCUACAACUUUCUUCUUUGCAGUCUUCAUUGUUCAUUAAACAAAUUGCAAAAGAUUCACCAACACAGAUGUCCAGAAUACUGUGGAAUUUUGAGAUGAAAUAAGAGCUUUUUUGUAUUGGAUUCAAUAGGGUACGAAUACUUCCGUUUCAACGAUUGACGUCACGCGCAAACGUCAUCAUACAUAGACGUUUUCAACCGGAAGUUUAGCGGGAAAUUUAAAAUUGCACUUUAUAAGUUAACCCGGCCGUAUUGGCAUGUGUUGCAAUGUUAAGAUUUCAUCAUUGAUAUAUAAACUAUCAGACUGCGUGGUCGGUAGUAGUGGCUUUCAGUAGGCCUUUAAGUGUUUAUCUUGUGCCUUAGCUCCUGUUGGUAAUUUAGAUCACAACAUAUGUGAGACAUUCCCACACAGAUUUUAUGAUCUACCACUAUAGGUUGGAUAAAAGUAAGAUGCUGGAUUGCAUUUAUUGUACUAGACUUGAGUGAUGAAAAAAAAAAAACCAUCAAAUAAACCCCCAUGAUUUUUUAUUAUUACUUAAUCUCUUCUCCAAUUUCAAAAUAUUACAAAGAGAAACAAUUCAAUUUCAAUAUCUUCACAGACAAAACAAUCCUUAUAUUGCGUCAUCUGCUUUUGGCAGGUAACUACUUUUUUGAAACAAACUACGACAGCAAUGUACAAUACACAGUUAUUUUAAAUAAAUAAAAAAAAUAAUACAUUGGAUCAUUUUAACCGGCAGUUGUGAGUUUAUUAAGGCUUGUUUCUUGCACUGUUCCCUGUAACUCUGCAGUCAAGUCAAACAGGAAAAGGACACGUUCACAAAAUAACAUGCCAUUCAUUUAUAGAGAAUUAGAAUACAGCAACUAAGUGGAUUUAUGAACAAGCUACACACAGUUCACCUGCUACUGACCAGCGUAGAAUGAUGAUUACCACAAUUUCCGGACUAUAAGCGACUACUUUUUUCCUACCCUUUGAAUCCUGCGGCUUAUAAAAACGGUGCAGCUAAUUUAUGGAUGUUGUUCACUGACAGCCAUAAUGCAAAGUUUUCACAAAACACUUGCAAAUACACUUAAACGGUGUGGUAUUUUUUUGUGCUAUGGCAUCGUCUUUUGGAUGAGUUCACUCAUUGCAGGUGUGGUUGAGUGAAUGCCUAAAUUGUUUCCUGCUGUUUAAAGCUUUGAACCGGAAGUAAAAGUGUCGUUCUGUCUUCUAGUCGUUGCUAGCGUUUCUACUCAUAUGUAUUCCUCAUUUAUCACUCCGAGCAACGCUUGUAAGUUUUGCGAUAUAACAAUUCUUUCUUACUAAACCGUCCCAGGUGUGAUGUCUGUAGGAGUGUUUUCAUGCAUUGUAAUAGGGCUGUGAAUCUUUGGGUGUCCCACGAUUCUCGAUUCAAAAACUAUUUUUUCCUGAUUCAAAAGGAUUCUCUAUUCAUUCAAUACAUAGGAUUUCAGCUUGAUCUACACCAGUCUAGUAGUAGAUUUUUGUAAAAAGCUUUUAUAAUUGUAGAGGACAAUGUUUUAUCAACUGAUUGCAAUAAUGUAAAUGUGUUUUAACUAUUAAAUGAACCAAAAAUAUGACUUAUUUUAUCUUUGUGAAAAUAUUGGAGCCACUGUGACACUAUUGUUCUUUUUUAAAAUUUUGUAUAAAUGUCUAAUGAUAAUGUCAAUGAGGGAUUUUUAAUCACUGCUAUGUUGAAAUUGUAACUAAUAUUGAUACUGUUGUUGAUAAUAUUCAUUUUUGUUUCACUACUUUUGGUUUGUUCUUGUGUCGUGUUUGUGUCUCCUCUCAAUUGCUCUGUUUAUUGCAGUUCUGAGUGUUGCAGGGUCGGGUUUGGUUUUGGAAUUGGAUUGCAUUGUUAUGGUAUUGCUGUGUAUUGUUUUGUUGGAUUGAUUAAUUAAAAAAAAAAAAUUGAAAAAAAAAA